AGGGAACAGGAACAACAAAUAGGCCAUACUAGUCACACCAUUCCCCAUCACCCCUCCCCUAUACUUGCCAUCUUAACACUACAGUAUAAAGCCAGAAGUUUGGGACUUGGGCUAGUCGUUUGCUAGUGGAGAAAGAGAUUGGAAAGGCAGGAAUAGAAGACCACACCUUUUAUCGAAUCCAGUUAAGAAAUGGCAUUAGUUCGGAUUAGAGUUGGGGAGACAAUCAUGAAGACCCAAACCCAGGACACCCCAAUAAAACUUCAGGAGACCCUGAAGCGACAAAGAGACAUUCUGGCAUUCCGAAUGAAAAAACUGUCAUCAAAACAAUCUGACUUUAAUAGCAAAACUGCAAAACUUAAAGAGAAGAUUAUGAAGAAAUAUGAUGACAUGAAAAGGGUUUUGGAUGAAGACUUGCGAAUUACACUGUGCCAACUGGACACUGAGGCAGAGGCCAUGGAGAGAGCUGUUGAGGACAACAUUGAGAAGAGCUACCACCUCACCCAGGAAAUUGACCAACAGUUGGCUGAACUGUCUGCAAAGCUGGAGAAGGAUAAACAACAGAGUCAAGAAAAGAUGUCAGAGAUGAAGGUAAGGAUAAUGGAGACACUGAAGAAGACAGAUCCAGAGUUAUUACAGAUGGAUGAGUUUAAGAACAAGCAGCUACUCAGUUUAACCAUCAACCUGUUGCUGUUCAUUCGCUCACAGGUUCCUGUCACCAAGAAACUUUUUCAAAGCUACGCCCAAGAAGUUGUUCUGGAUCCUGACUCAGCUCACCCAAAGCUUAUUAUAUCCCCGGCAGGCGACUCAGUCACUUAUACCAACACCUGGCAGGAAGUUCCAGAAAAUCCCUCUCGCUUCGACACCACCCUGAACGUGAUUAGCCGAACGUUCUUCCAGAAUGUUCGCAACUACUGGGAGGUGCAGGUCACUGGCAAGACAUACUGGGAGCUAGGGCUCACAUACCCCAACAUCCCCAGGAAGGGGCGAGAGGACAACUGCUGGCUGGGCCGGUGCCCAACGUCCUGGUGCAUUGAGUAUUUUAAUGGCGAUUACACAGCCUGGCACAAUGGCGUUCCCCAUGAGCUCACCCAUGUAUCUGGAAGAACCUUUGAGCGCAUUGGCAUCUUCUCCAGCUCAGAAGGAGGUUUCGUUUGUUUCUUGGGGGCUGACACCAUGAUACCCUUAUAUAGCUUUUAUGCAGGAACCUUCACAGAUUCACUAUACCAAGCUGUCUGUCCUGGUCAUGACAACCAGGGUACAAAUGACAAACCACUAUUGAUUUGUGAUGCUUCGAAGUCCACCCCAAUAUUGUGAUGGACAACCAAUAAGAACAAAAGUCAAAGUCAGGAUUAAACUUAGUUUAGUUUACAUAUAUAGCUGUUCAGCCGUGACGUCAAUUUAUAGACGAACCGGAAGCCUAAUUUACCAUGGGUUCCCUCUGGAUUUACCUAUGGGUUUAUAUAGCAGGGUUUUUCAACUUAUGAGUAAAAAAGGUUUGUGGUAAACAUUACUUAACGGUACAUGGAUGUUUUGUUCUACAACAUAUAUUACUUCAUACCUCAAACAUACAUUUUUAAGCCGCUGUAUUAAAAAAAGAAAAGAAAGAAAUGCAAUUCAAUACGGCUUCAAAAUUCAUGUUUGAGGUAUGAAUGUGUGUAACGUAUGUUGUAGAACAAAACGUCCAUGUAUCGUUAAAUACAAACAUUUUGUUUUACUCAUAAGUUGAAAAACCCCUUUAUAAAAACCCAUAGGAAAUCCAGAGUGAACUCAUGGCGAAAUCUCUUUAGGGUUUUUGGACUACAACCUGAACAGCUCUAUUGACUCA